AUGUUCGGUGUUCAGGCGCGCCUUCUCGCACUCAGCCUGCUGGCACUAGCCGAUGCGGACUCGACGGGCGUUGCAGAGGUCAACAUCGUCUUCCCGCGCAACGGCACCUAUGGGCUGAUGCCACUCAUGCCCGUCUACUUAGUGUAUCCCUCAGAAGGGCCUUAUAACGGUAGCUUCUCGACUCUCGACAUCAACAGGCUGACCGCCAACGAAACGACGCAAUUCCUCUACAAAGCCAUUCCCAAUAUACUUAACGUAGAAGGGAAGUGGGGUUUCUCUUGGAGGCUGAGAACAGUCAACUGCUCUACGUCCGACAACGGUACUGCAUAUGACGACGAGCACACGGUCGAAGACUACGAUGGGUUUCAUAGGCGAGCACAAUUGGACUUCCAAUCCUUUCAGUUUACCACCAAGAAGGGGGGUCGUCAGCCUAACCUCACCACUAUCACAACCGACAAUAAUUGUGGCAAUACUCAGGGCGUUGCUUUCGACGUUAAGCAGUACUUGAAUGUCCCCAGCGCACUGACCGGCGAUGGACUCGCGAUGUGCGCCCUACUUGCUAGCCCAGCGCCCACUCCCAGCCCUUGCCGGGCCAGUGUGGUACUGUCAGCUGCUUCGAGUAUCUCGGCAAGAUUGACGCAAGCCGAGUGCUACGCAGUGACUCCUGCCGUUAGCUGCCUGCCUAAGAAAGACGCGGCUGCCCUCCUCAACCCCGGCAUUCCAGGGGUGUUGUUAGUCGGCUUAGCUUAG